AUGAUAUCAGAUAUGGUGGCAAAUGAACGAAUGCAGGCAAAUAUUGAUGCGAAUCCACUACGGAUCAGUUCAACAGCGCGUGUGAAUAAUUUGGCAUGCGUUCCUGAUGUCCUUGUUACUUUGUUUGGUAAGGAGCAUCAAAUGAAGCAAGGAUUCACAACCAAUAGGCAAACUGGAAAUUCUUCGAUUUCUGGGUCUAAAAAGAAGCAGAAGCAAGUCAUUCUCAUCAGCGUCGAUAGUGUAAUCAAUCCGGAAGCAGAGCAGAUAAGGUGGUGA